AUAGCUGUGCAUCAUUCAUAUAAGAAAGAUUUACAAUUGAUCUUGGAAGCAAAACCACCUAAAAACAAAGUAAUAACUUUUGAGAAGAAAUAUAGGGAACAGUUAGCUAAUGUUAGAGUCAGUACUUCAUUCGAAAGUAAGGUUCUCAAGAUUCACGGGAAAAGAUUUGCUGAAGAAAUUGAUGAUGUGGCUCAACGAGAUAUAAAGCAAGUAGAACUUGGAAAUGACGAUGAAGAUAUUAGCAUACCUUCAAGAAUUACUCAAGUUGAAAAAAUAGAAAACGAAAAAUUAGAUUUAUUCUUAACUUCUCAUAAACUGAUCCUUACAUCAUAUAAGUUUAGUAUUAUAUCAUCUAAAGUUAUUCCUAGGUUUAAAUCCCUUAAAAGUACUCUUAAUAUAAGAUAUCCUGAGAUAGUAAAUAAAAUUGAAACUCAUAAGGAAGAACAGAGGAUAUUAACUAGCCUAGGAACAACUCUUAAGGAAUUUUAUUUAAUGAUCAAAUACAAUCCAAAAUAUGCUUCUAUGAGGUAUAAUUCAGAGAGAAAAUUCCUCGUUAAAAGGGUGUCAACAUCAUUUAAAUUCAUCGAAUAUAUAUUUGGGACUAUUACGAUAUACUGGAUUGAAAAGAAAAUUAUGUCAACAAAGGCAACAGAGUUCGUAGAUGAUCUAAUUUGUGAACCAGUAUCUAAGAAAGCUGAUGCACUAGCCAUAGACCUUACAUAUAAUAUAGACGUGAUAAAUAUGGAAUCAUCAGAAGGUCUCUUUCAAUAA